AGUAGCGAGUACAAUGUCAAUCCGCUACACCCAGCGAGUGCACAAAUCUCUACUCGGUGCUCUGCAGCCAGCUCUGUGCAAACUUGGCCGCAUCCCCUCGCUUUGCAUGCUCUGCUCGAUGAGCUCAUUGCAAUGCUGAAUUGGCUGAUCUCUCUCUCUCUCUCUCUCUCUCUCUCUCUCAAAUUUCAGUCCCCCAGACACUUCCACUCUGGCUCUCAAUCUGUCCCCGAAAAUCUCUCUCUGCCUGUGUAUUCCCAACUAAACCAACUUCGCAUCGCUCUCUCUCAAAUCAUCUUCCAUAGUCAUAGCACGAGAGUCUCACUAUUGUAGGUUUUAGCCAUUAGAUCCAGAACCUCAGAAACAACAAGAUUCCGCAUCUGACAUCGCACGAGAAAUGGGUUGCGCACAGUCCAGAAUAGACAACGAAGAGUCAGUGUCGCGCUGCAAGGACCGCAAGAACCUCAUCAAAGAAGCUGUUAUAGCCCGUAACGCCUUCGCCGCAGGCCAUUCCGGCUACGCCGUGGCCUUAAAGGACACUGGGGCCGCGCUCAGCGACUACGGUCACGGGGAAGCCGAAGAGCUGCACCAGCAGCCGGUGGAUCCCACCACCUCACAACCCCCGUCACCACCUCCGCCUCCCAUGGACAACUUUCUGCCUCCUCCGCCGCUCCCGAACUUCUCCCCGAGCCCCAGCCCCGGCCCGAUGAAGCGAACUACGAGCUUGCCCGCUAUGCCGUUAAAGCCACGAAAAGCCAGGGCCAUUGCCAUUGCUGAAGAGGAAGAAGAUGAAGAAGAGGAAGAAGGAGAAGAUGAUGACGAGGGUGAUAUCGGAAUGAAAAAUAACGUUAUUAUUGCAAAGGAUUCAAGAAAUGGGGCCGGGGAAGAGGUCCCACCACUGGCACCAGAAAUGAAGGCGGUCCCUCCGAUGCCGGAAUCGAAAGGCAUGGCCUGGGACUACUUUUUUAUGGUGGAGGAAACGCAAAAUGUGGGCCCCAAUGGCAGUGAUCUGGUGGAGCCGAAGACGCCGGAGAGAGUGGAUGAGAAGGAGAAGGAGAAGGAAAUAGAGCGCUCAAAGACUGCGUUGGAGGAGCUUAAGAGAGUUGCAAAGGCGGUGCCCAGUGUUAGCUUGAUGAAGGUAUUGAGUGAGCUUGACGAUCAUUUCUUGAAAGCUUCCCAGAGUGCACAGGAGGUCUCCAACAUGCUCGAGGCCACUCGCUUGCAUUACCACUCCAAUUUCGCAGAUAAUCGGGGACAUAUAGAUCAUUCUGAAAGGGUAAUGCGUGUUAUCACAUGGAAUAAAUCAUUCAGAGCUUUAGCAACUAGUGAGGGUGGGAAGGAUGACUUUGAUUCAGAAGAAAAUGAAACUCAUGCUACCGUUUUGGAUAAGUUGUUAGCAUGGGAAAAGAAACUUCAUCAAGAAGUCAAGCAAGGUGAGCUAAUGAAGCUUGAGUAUCAGAGGAAGGUUUCUCUGCUGAACAAGCAGAAGAAACGUAAUGUGAGUGCUGAAUCCUUGGAAAAAACAAAAGCAGCGGUAAGUCAUUUGCAUACAAGAUAUAUAGUCGACAUGCAAUCAAUGGAUUCGACGGUUUUGGAAGUAAAUCGUUUACGUGACGAGCAGUUGUACCCAAAGCUUGUUGAACUUGUUGAUGGGAUGGCCCAAAUGUGGGCAACUAUGCGUGCACAUCACAAGAACCAGCUGACACUUGUUAUAGACCUGAAGUCCCUUGACAUUGCACAUGCUCCAAAGGAAACGACAAAACACCACCAUGACCGCACCAUACAACUUUGGAAUGUCGUUGAAAAGUGGCACUCGCAAUUUGAAAAACUGGCGACUCAUCAAAAACAAUACAUCCGAGCUCUUAACAAUUGGUUAAAAUUAAAUCUUAUCCCAAUUGAAAGCAGCUUAAAGGAGAAAAUCUCAUCACCACCAAGAGUCCAGCAUCCUCCAAUCCAAACUCUCCUCCAAUCGUGGCAUGACCAUCUUGAAAAGCUUCCAGAUGAACUUGUGAAGUCUGCAAUUGGCUCCUUUGCUGCUGUGAUUAAAACCAUAAUACUCCAUCAGGAGGAAGAGAUGAAGCUAAAAGAGAAGUGCGAGGAGACCAGGAAGGAGUUCUUACGUAAAAACCAGGCAUUUGAGGAAUGGUACGAGAAAUAUAUGCAGCGGAGGGGGCCAGAUGAAAUGGAUCCUGAAAGAGGUGAAGAUUCAAAUCCCAAGGAUCCCAUCUCAGAGAAGAAAUUUGCAGUUGAGAACUUGAAGAAGAGAUUGGAAGAGGAAGUUGAAUCUCACCAGAGACAUUGUAUUCAGGUGAGAGAGAAGUCACUGGGUAGUCUAAGAACUCAUUUACCUGAGCUCUUCCGAGCCAUGUCAGACUAUGCUCAUGAUUGUUCUGACACUUACGAGAAAGUAAGAUCCGUCACACAGUAUCAGAAAUCUAACGUUGGUCCUACAUGAGUUUGUGUAAUUAUUGAGUUUAUCUUAGUUUAAGCACUAUUCAUCUCUGGUUUUCCAGACACUCUUAUUUAAGUUGGUGCUGUAAUUUUAUGAUCUUAGUUCUUGUGAGGAAAACGUUGCUGUUACAUCUAUCUGAAUGUCUGUGUUGGUAGCUC